UGUGUCUCUUGUUAUUAUUUGGAUCGUUUUGCUGGUUUAUGACUUAUGCCUGUGUUUGGAUCCCGAUGGUGGAUUACCCUCUGAAUAAACACAGUGUUUGGAUCCUCAGCCUUCGUGUCUCACUGCGGUUCGUGACAGGGUGGUAUUUUCCCGCUCAAUCCCAUCAUGCCACUGGACCGUUGCUGGACUGAACUGCUAAAGCCCUGUGUGGAGGAGGGACUGAUGGGAAUGAAAGAGGGAUUAGCCUGAAUAGACACUGUAAGACAAGAGUAAAUCUGUACUGCAGACUGACCCACAUCCAGCACCACAUCAUAUUGUCUGCCAGCAGUGGGAAAAGAAAGAAAGAAAGAAAGAAAGAAAGAAAGAAAUGACACAGAAAAAGGUCGCAGCGACAGUCCAAACUGUUGAAGCAAACAUGCCUCCAAGCUAUGAAGAGGCAAACGCAGGAUGUCCUGGUUACUACUAUGGUGAAGGAACCUUUUCCUGGGAUGACAUGUAUAUAAGACAAGUUUUUAUACGAAAGGUUUAUUCGAUUCUGAUGCUGCAGCUGUUUUCAACAGUAGCAGUUAUUGCUCUCUUCACGUUCUGUGCUCCAGUGAGGAUGUACAUUCAGACACAUCCUGUUUUAUACUCCGUGUCCAAUCUUCUGUUUCUCCUCACAUAUAUCUCACUGGCUUGCUGCGGUGAUGUGAGGAGGCAGUUUCCAUGGAAUCUUAUUCUUCUUAUAAUCUUUACUCUGAGCAUGGCUUGCAUGUUGGGCUUUAUCUCUAGUUUCUACAACACCAAGUCUGUCGUGCUGUGCAUUGGCAUCACUGCCACAGUGUGUCUGUGUGUCACCAUCUUCAGCUUUCAGAGCAAGAUUGACAUCACCUCUUUCCAAGGUCUUCUCUUCAUUCUGUGUACGGUCAUGUUUUUCUGUGCUAUUGUCAUGGGAUUUGUGGUUCCCUUUGGCUAUGUUCCCUGGUUACAUGCGGUCUAUGCCAGCAUAGGAGCUGUGGUCUUCACUAUGUUUCUCGCCUUUGAUACACAGCUGUUGAUGGGGACCAAGCAAUACGCAAUGAGUCCUGAAGAAUAUAUCUUUGCAACACUCAGUCUCUACCUGGAUAUUGUUUACUUGUUCACAUUCCUGCUUCAGUUGUUUGGUAAUGGGAGAUAAUGUGCCAUGGAUUUGUUGUAAUAUUGUCUGUCAUGUACAAUAUUGAUGGCUACUGUUCUGCAACCUCAAUGUUUUUAGAACAACACAUUGCCUUUUAUUUAGAGUUAGUUUGAAAGAAAAUCAACUCUGUAAGAAUGUUUUCUCAAGUACUGAAAUAUGCACUUCAUGAGUUAUUCAAAGGUCAAAGUCAAAAACUUUUCAUGUGACUAAAUCAAUCUGACUAUAUGCUGCACCAAAACGUACAAGGAUGUUAUGCAGUCAUUAACUGUUAAAAUUAAGGGUAAAAAAACAUAUAUAUAUAAUAAUAUAUAUACAAUAUUCUAAAACUCUGUCAUAUAAACAUUUGAUUAUCACAAAUUGUUAUUGUGAGAUCAUUCAUUUUGCAAUGCAUUGUAGUUGUCACUUUGACAUCCUAACCUUUUAGAUAAUAGCUUUUGAAGAGUUACUUUAAAAAAAAAAAAAAAAGUAAAAUGACGGGUUCUCGUUACCUUGCUAAUAUGGGAAAGCCAAAAAGAAUGGACAAAAGAAGAAUGAAAUAUGAAUGUCAGUACACCAGUUUAAUCACAACGUGUAGUGCUGUAGUGUGAUGUUAUUAUAAAAUAUUAAAAAUAAAUAAAUGCACAGUGCCAGGGGUCUUGUGUAUGUGUUGUGUAUGUUUGGAUUUCAGAAAUCUGAAUGCUCAUGAUACAGUAUAUGGUCAAUAUCACAUAAGCAGCAGAGCAGUAUGUCUCUAUAUCAGCACGUCAAUGAUUGAGCUGUACUGUAGGCACCAUGCUCCUGGGAUUUCACAACUUGCUUUUCUUAUCUCUCCUUUACUGAAAUUUAGAGGGUGACCGAUUGAUCAGUUUUGCAGGUAACUGGUUCCAGAAUCAAGUCAUUGAAGGUGAUUCUGAAAUUAGUGAGAAUGCACCAGACUUAAUGCUUUUUAUUUUAGUCAUGGUUAUCACUGUCAGUCAUUGCAAUUUUGAGAGUUAAAUUCUGCAUUUAUAUGCGGAUGUCUCUUAGCAGCUUAAAAAACAAAACUGUUAUUCAAAUUCUGGAUUAUAUCUAGAAAAUGUAAAGAAGAUGUUAUAUUUGAUCAAGUAUGUGGAGGAAUGCAUGUGUUUGUAUGUUUCACAGCCUGUCAUUCUUCAUCAAGGAAAAUGACACUUCGCUUCAUGCUGCCAAUCACCUUUCACUGUACCUGUCUUAGUACCUGUAUUUUCUCUGUAUCAGCCGCUUUUUGCUUGUUUUGUUGACUCUAGCCAUUUUUUUCCACAUAAAAAAUAAAUAAAUCACAAAAUUGAA